UUGACAGAUGAGACCGCUUUGCAUUCAUUGUUGGAGAAGUUUGCAGAUAAAAAAUAAAUUCUAUAAAGAUGUGCAGCAGGUUGGCGUGGAUCGGCUGUCUUACAAAGCAAAAUCAAAUUAGUGAUUCCUAAUUCUAAUUCCUAAUUCUUCAACUAUAUACGAUUUGUUUACACAGUUGAAUAUUCUUUCUGGUGUAAAUUUACAUAAAUAGUAAAUAAUCUUAUCUUUGCUGUGCACGAGUUUGUUAAAGGCCUGUCUGGAUUUGACUCCUGUCCUGAAUAAAGGCAGGGUCAUUUCAUAGACUGGAAUAAAUCAAAGCCCGGGCUGUUAAUUGAAGUUGUGGUCUCUGAUUGUUGUUGUCCAUUUCAUUGCUCAAUAUUUACUCACCACUGUUGUGAAACCAAUGCAACAAAAAGCCCAUAGUGCAGAAAUGUAAUAAAAAGCUGAGAAAUCCCUCUUUUUGUUUGAGUUUAUUGAACAUAAAACACAAGAACAUGAAGUUCAAACAGAAGGAGAGCCAGAGGCGCGCUCUGAUUGGUCCUCUGUUGACCAAUCACGACAGAGCUAACACGUAGCGAAGAUAAACAGGAAGUGAUUUGUAGCGCUGCGCUGUCACUCUUCAGUGAUUUGUUUUCUUUUCUUCCUAAAGACUCGAAGUAACAACGACAAACCUGUGGAGGUUUAUUCAGAGGAGACACAAUGACGCUGCUGAACUCAAGGUUGCCAUGGAGAUAAGAAGCGCCUUCUCACGCCUGUUAUGAAUCCCAGCUCCUCGUCGGUCAGCUUGGAGGGCCAGCCCCCCGACGAUGAGCUGACGGAGGAUUGGCACUUCCUCACCGCUGAGUUCAACGGGACUCAGCAGCUGGAAGAGAGCCGGGAGGACGAGGACGCCGAGGAGGUCGAGGACAGAGGCAGACUCAGAUCCAAGCUGGUCUCGGCGUGGAACAGUGUCAAAUAUGGCUGGUCCUUGAAGCAGAAAUCCAAAUUCAGCAGAAGCUCUCCGGUGAUCAUGUUGGGAAAGUCCUACGAGCUCAAGGAUCAAGGGGACAGAGAGCACUUCCGGCGCUCCUUCACGACUCUCCUGUGGUUGACGUACAGACGGGGUUUCCCUCCGCUAUCAGGGGGCUCUCUGACCACCGACAGCGGCUGGGGGUGUGUCCUGAGGACGGGGCAGAUGCUGCUGGCACAAGGCCUGCUGCUGCACCUGAUGCCUCCAGGUUGGACUUGGUGUGCGAGCCAACGUGUCAGCAAAGACGACUCGGACCUUCAGGUGAGCAGCACCGGGCGAGGGCUGUAUUUAAAGGAGGAGGAGGAGAAGAAAAGCCGACGACACAGCUUGGAUUCCAACCUGAACAGACCGAUGGAGGCGACACACAGACGGGUGGUGACGUGGUUUUUGGACCGUCCCGCGGCCCCCUUUGGGAUUCAUAUGCUGGUGGAGUUGGGGAAAAGUUCGGGGAAGAAGGCCGGGGACUGGUACGGACCGUCCAUCGCAGCUCACAUCCUCCGGAAAGCCGUGGCGGCGUCAGCAGACGUUCCCAAUCUGGUUGUGUAUGUUGCACAGGAUUGCACCAUUUAUUUAGAGGACGUGAAGCGGCUGUGUGAGCGACCUCCUCCUCAGUGCUGGAAGUCCGUCAUCGUUCUCGUUCCUGUGCGCCUCGGAGGGCAAGAUCUCAACCCCUCCUACAUCACAUGUGUCAAAAGACUCUUGACGCUGCAGAGCUGCAUUGGAAUCAUCGGAGGCAAACCAAAGCACUCUUUGUUCUUCGUGGGCUUCCAGGAUGACCACCUGCUGCACUUGGACCCUCACUACUGUCGGCCCACGGUCGAUACAACCAAGCAGAACUUUCCCUUGGAGUCAUUUCACUGUAAAUAUCCCAGGAAGAUGUCGUUCUCUCGCAUGGAUCCCAGCUGUACCAUCGGGUUUUAUGCAAAAGGUCAGAAGGACUUUGAAGCAAUGUGCUCGGCUGUUAACGAGGUUCUGACCACGUCUGCAGAGAUGUACCCCAUGUUUAUUUUUGUGGAUGGAGCGAGUCAGGAGGAAGAAGAGUCUUGCAGAACGUCCUCCAACGACAUCACCUACAUCCAGAGGAACGCCGAACACAGACACGUGGUGACGAGCAACAGCAUGGACGAGUUUGUUCUGUUGUGAUCACGAGAGGAGUCUGCACUGACAAACCUCCAAACCUCACGGACCCUCAGAAGAGAUCAAACCUUUAAUCAAACUGUAUUUUUAUUGCUCAUAUCUAUUUGUAUUUAUUGUUUUAAGAGGGGAACAUAUCACUGCAUGUCACUUAUUCAUUUAUUGUGAAGAAUUGAGAUCAAAAGGACAAACGUGUUUCUAUGAGUCUAUUUUUGUGUCGGUGACAGGAUGUGCUGCCUUUCACUAGAUUAGAAAAUUAAAUCUUCACAAACAUGUGACUCACAUCAGGAGAAGAAGAACAGAUGUUAAAUAGUCACUUCACUCAGAGGACAAAAAGUACUGAAACUGUUCCUAUGAUCUGCUGUCGUUUAUAGAAAUAAACAGUUUAUGAAUAAAAAAAAA